ACGCACACGUUACGUUCAGCAACAGACCACUGCAGCACUCUGGUCGACCCGCCGCUCUCAUUGCAGCACUAAUCGCCGCGCCGUUCCCGCCGUUAUUUAUCAAAAAUACUUUUUUCAAUCCAUUUCUGGUGAUCAUUUAAGAUCAAAUAUCGGAGAUAGUUUUGAUGGGAUUGUAAUCGGAAACCAACGCGGCGGGUAAAGACAGCGGCGUGGGAUUCAGCCAUCAUGGCUAACGUCGGGAAUCAGCAGCAGGCCAUUAACAAGACUGCGCCUGGGAAACAUGGGAACGUAUUGCCCCUAUGGGGUAACGAAAAGACCAUGAACCUCAACCCCAUGAUUCUAACUAAUGUUCUGUCUUCGCCGUAUUUCAAAGUUCAACUGUAUGAACUUAAAACGUACCAUGAAGUCGUUGACGAAAUCUACUUUAAGGUGAAUCACGUCGAACCAUGGGAAAAGGGAAGCAGGAAGACCGCGGGUCAAACUGGAAUGUGCGGAGGGGUGCGUGGAGUAGGAACCGGUGGUAUUGUGUCCACUGCGUUCUGUCUGCUGUACAAAUUAUUUACGCUCAAAAUGACUCGCAAACAGGUGAUGGGUCUGAUAACUCACACAGACUCUCCCUACAUCAGAGCACUUGGAUUCAUGUACAUACGAUACACUCAACCGCCUCCCGACCUGGUGGACUGGUAUGAUGGCUUCCUGGAUGAUGAGGAGGAGCUCGACGUCAAGGCCGGGGGAGGCUGCAUGAUGUCGGUGGGAGAGAUGCUGCGCUCCUUCCUCACCAAGCUGGAGUGGUUCUCCACCCUCUUCCCCCGCAUCCCGGUGCCUGUGCAGAAGAUGAUUGACCAGCAGAUGAAGGCUCGGCCGCGGAAGAUCGUGGCCAAGGAGCCCGAGGCGGAGGCGGAGGCGGCGCCCGCCGAACCGGCCAGGAGCCCCCGGAGGACCCCCACCCCACGGCGGUCCCCAAAGCCGUCUCGGUCGCCCAGCCGCCACGGCGAACGGGAGCGUCACGGACCCAGCUUUGACCGCGAGCUCGAGAGGGAACGAGACCGCCAGAGGAAAGAGAAGGAGGGCAGGGGAGAUAGAGACAGGGAACGAGGAGGAGGAGGAGGGGGGGUUGGAGGUGGCAGUGGCGGGGAGCGACGCAGGUCCCGCAGCGACGACCGUAACCGCGAGCGGAGGAGGAGCCCCAGCGGUAGCCGGGAGAAGAGGGGCGAGCGGAGAGACAAGGAGAGGGACGGGGGUGCGGUGGAGAACGACAGGAGCAAGAGGAAGGACAGGGAGCACCACAAAGACCGGAGUGGAGACGGGGAGAGGUCGAGGGACAAGAAGAGCCGAGGCGAGCCAGAUGAUCGGCGGCACAAGGAGGAGAGGGACAGGCACCGGGAGGAAAGGAAGGCCAAGCGCGCCACCAGGAGCAGAAGCAGGGAGAAGCGGCACAAGAGCAGCCGGACGGAGGGCGGGGGGGAGGAGAAGAGCAGGAAGAGGGAGCACAGCCGGGAGAGGGAGCCACGCUCCCACAAGCAGAGCGGCAGCAAGGAGAAGAGCCAUCGUCACAAAGAGUCCAGCAACGACCACGGUAAACACGGGGACCGUAGAAGGAGCCACAGCAACGACAAGAUGUCCUCUUAAAGCAAUACCGCAAUUCAAGUCCUUUUUUUUGUUCUUGAUUGUCCUAGUCUUUAAACUCUGCCCCACAGAAGAAUUGUUGGCAGAGAGAGACAUGAAAGGGCCUCAUUGGGUCUAUCUGUUGUAUUGGUUUAUCUUAAUUUUCUGCCUUUUUUCACUUUUAGAACACUGUUAGUCUGAUAUUUGAAAAGUAAUUUUAAUUUUCUAUGAAGUUUCUCCUGACAUUCUAUGGCAUUGUACAUAAUGGGUCUGAGAAAGUUUUGUCCCGUAGAGCCCCCCAAAGAAGGGGAUUCGUACCACAUGCUUACCCCUGAUUUAUGCUGUUGGGGUAAUUGCUCUGUUGCAUUUUGUUUUCUAAUAAAAUACUUUUACUGAA